AUGCGCAUCAUCGUUGUGCCCAUCACCAAGACCGCCCGGGUCUACUCGGCCCACUUCCACCCCGCCUCCAAUCUCAAGGAGGCCACCCGGCUGCCCGUCUCUCGGCUGCCGCCUCGGGUCGUCGACCUCUCCCACCGGGCCGUCGACUUCACCAUCCGGCAGUGGGACGAGCUGGGCUCGGCUCGGGAGGGAACCUGGGCCCGGCGCUUCUACGACUUUGGCAACUCGGUCCUGGACCGGAUCCAUGCCGAGGAGUGGUUCCUGAAGGAGCUGCCGAUUCUGCCGACCCCUCCGACUCCUUCGUCACCGUCGUCGUUGCCGUCGUCGUCGCCAUCAUCGGCUGCAGCAGCGGCCCCGCAGGACACUCGCCCUGCAUCCCAUUCUCAUGCAGACCCAGCCCAGCAGCGCCUCUGGGAAGCAUUCCAUGAGCCUUUGACGGUCUUCCAUCCAGCCCGACUGUCGACGAGCCAGAUCCAACACGAGCUCGAGACCCUGGCAAACCGACGCACACCUUACCACCAGCGGCUCUUUAUCCUCUCGACGCUGCUCGUUCCGGUCUCAUGCCUCGCCACGAUCUUGCCUGGCCCGAACGUCUUUCUGGCCUACAAUCUCUUCCGGGUCUACUCACACUGGCGGGCCUACCAGGGCGCCCGGACCCUCCAACACUGGACUCGGAACGGGCUGAUCCGCCCCAAAGUCGACCCACGCCUGGACGAGGCCAUGGCCAGCUGGAACUGGGAUCGGGUCGAGGUCGUCGAGCCGCAGGUGAUCGAUCGGAUCGUUCGUGCGGAGCUCGGCGGCCUGACCCUGGACCGAGAGCUCGAGCGAGGCCGGCACCAGGUCCUGCGAGCAAUCGAAGCAGGGCCUCGAGGGCCGCAGUCCGAGCCGGGCGGUUCAGGCAAAUCGCCGCAACAGCAUGACCACGGCGGUACCAAGCCGGAAUAAAGCGAUGAUGAACUGCGAUGCGUUGCGGUGCGGCAUCGCUUUCUCUGCCAGAACAAGAUCCGAGAAAGCCAUCACCCACCGUAUUGUCAAGCGAUAUAGAUGCGUGUAUUCUUUCCAAGCUCGAAGGGCUGCUGGAUCUGAACAUGGUCUUGGUCUUGGUCUUGGUCUUGGUAUUGCCGAUCACUCAGUCGAGCGAUAGCUGGGCGGGCGAGCCGACGCAGGACGACCCUGGCUGGAUUCACUUCGGCCACCGCUGUGGGCUGUGUCUGCAUUGGAAGGAGCACCGAGAAGGCUCGGGUCGCUGUGGGAGUUGCUGGCUGGGUGUGUUGGCGACUGAUAGUCUGGG